AUGAACAAGUGCAAGAACAUCACGAAGAAUCUGCUGGAAAGCUUGGGUUUGGUGGAGUACUAUGAUAAGAAGCUCACUCUACACACAGUGCUGCAGAUUGACAAGACCAGUAUCACAAAUGUGCCUGUCCAGUCCCUUUCAGAUCUGCCAUGGCUGUUCCUGAAGAGACUGAUGAUGCUACAGAGGACAGCGAGGAGUGUGAAGUGUUCCUCAUCAGAAGUGACAGAAGAUUCAGAGUGGGAUGAUGAUCAGGAGAAUGAAUCAGACGGCCCUCAGUCAGUUAAUCCUUUAGACAUUUUAACUGCUGUGUUUCUUUGUUCUGACAGUUUUCUUCAGCAGGAAAUUAUCAUAAAAAUGAACAUGUGUCAGUUUGCUGUUCCUCUCCUGCUUCCAAACAGUGAAAACAAUCAGAUCACUCUUAUGCUGUGGGCAAUGAGAGAUAUUGUGAAAAAAUACAGACCACACUCUUUAUCAGAUCCAAGUGCAUUUGUGGAAGAAAGGAUUGCUCUCUCAGAAUUACCUUUAGUGUCUUUUGUGAGACUUGGUAGAUGCAACAUUUCCAAAUCAGAAAUAUUAAAUAAGUUACUCAGUAAUCCACAGCAGUACACUGAUAUAUUUGUGCACUUCAACAUGGAUUGUGGAAACAUCAGUAAGAAAAUAUCAGAUGGCUUGGUUGAGAUUGCCUGGUAUCUUCCUUGUGGAAACAAGAGCAUAGAUGUCUUUCCAGAACCUGUAGCAAUUGCCAACUUGAGAGGUGAUAUUCAGAGCUUUGAAACACAGUUCACUUUUCUUUGUGAGGCUUUAACUGCUGUGUUUGUGUUCUUUGAAUCCAAACUUUUUGAUUCACAGUUCAUUUCAGUCCCCAGUCAGAAAACUAUGCCUCAGUUAUUUUUUGUGGGAGACUCCAACAACAAAAGAAUAGAAGCUACAGUCAACAAGCUCAAUCUGAAGAAAAGAAAUUUCAUUUUUAAAGCAAAGCAGAAUGAUGCAGACUUCGUUGACAAAAUUCAAAGCAAGUUGCAAGAUGCAAUUAAGAACAACAAUCACAAAAUGUCAGUUGUUAAUUUAGCUGAGAUUGCACGAAAACGGGGAAUCCUGGUGGAUGAGGAUACUGAAGAAUGUCAGCGUGCCAAAGCAAGUGCAGAUGAAAUCACCUCAAAAAUAAGUGAUAUAGUGCUGUUCAAGAAGGAGGAGCUGCCCUUGCAAGGAGAAAUAUUGAUGAAACUGGCAAAGUUAGAGAAGGAAGAAUGCCAAAUGAAGAAAGUUGGGGAUAAGAGUGUUGAGGACUACAAAAAUGAGCUUCAGAUUGAGAAAAGGAAGCUCAGAGAAGAACAAAUCAAAACAGGCAUGUCAGUUACUAUGAGCUGCUUUAUCAAAGCAAUAUCAACACCAGAAAAAGUCUUCUUCUUAAAAUGGUUGAGAAUCAAUUUGGAGAAUCACUCACAUGAAGUACUGCCUCAUCUCAGAGAACUGUACAAACAGAAAUGUCAAGAUAUUUGUGGGAACAAGACUGAAAUUGCUGAGCUUGAUAAAAAGAUUUCAGACAGUUCUUUAGGAGUGGAGCACUUCAUUCGAGAGAUGAGCCAGCUUUAUGAAGCUGCAGUCUCACUCCCAGAAGAUGCACUUUACCGAAAACAGCUGGAAGAUUUACCUAAACUCUGUGCUCAGCUACUGCUGGAUGGAUUUUCACUUGAACUUAUGGAUGGAGAUUCUUCAAAUAUCUCGGAAAAAUGGAUUACUAGUGUGUUUUCUGAAAUAAACACACUGGUGGAGCCCAAAAACAAGAUUAUGGUCAUCACUGUUUUGGGCGUCCAGAGUUCAGGAAAGUCAACGCUGCUGAACACCAUGUUUGGAGUUCAGUUUGCAGUAAGCAGUGGAAGAUGCACAAGAGGAGCCUUUAUUCAGCUCAUUAAAGUAACAGAAGAGUGUAACGCAGAACUUCAUUGUGAUUAUAUAGUGAUAAUUGACACUGAAGGACUGAAAUCCCCUGAGCUUGCACAACUGGACAACAGCUAUGAACAUGACAAUGAGUUGGCAACUCUUGUUGUUGGACUGAGUGAUGUAACAAUUGUCAACAUUGCCAUGGAAAACUCCACAGAGAUGAAAGACAUUUUACAGAUCAUUGUUCAUGCUUUCCUUAGGAUGAAGGAAAUAGGUAAGAAACAUACAUGUUUGUUUGUACACCAGAAUGUUGCUGAUGUCUCAGCUCAUGUUUCAAACAUGAGAGAUCGUAAAUAUUUGUUGGAGCAACUGGAUGAAAUGACUCAAGCUGCAGUCAAAAUGGAGAACAAACUGGAGAAAUUCAAGAAAUUUACAGAUGUGAUGACUUAUGACACUGAGACGGGUGACCACUACAUCCCUGGGUUGUGGAAUGGAAACCCCCCAAUGGCACCAGUGAGUAUUGGCUAUAGUGAGUCUGUGUAUGCUCUCAAAAAGCAUAUAAUGGAGAUCUUCAAAGCUAACAAGCCCAGUGACAUCAAUGAUUUUCUUAAAUGGACAAAAGACUUGUGGACUGCUGUUAAAUUUGAGAAGUUCAUCUUUAGCUUCAGAAAUAGCCUGGUGGCUGAUGCAUACAUGAAACUGUCCACAGAGUACAACAGCUGGGACUGGACACUGAGAAAACAAAUGCAAAAAUGGACAUUAGAAGCUGAAACGAAGAUAUUAAACCAUGGAAAAUUUGACAACUUUGAGCAGUGCACUAUUGAAGUUGUUCACUGUCAUUUACUACAAAAAGCAGAAUCUGAGCUUUCAAAAGGACAAGAUGAAAUAAUUGACAAGAUUCAGUCAUACUACGAAAAAGGAGAAAGUCAUGUUGAACUUGUGGAAAGGUAUCGACAAGACUUUAUAAACUCUGCCAAGUCUUUGAAGACAGAGCUUUCAAAUUCUGUCACUAGAAAACUGGAUGCAGCUGUUUCACGUCGGAAUGGAAUGAUGAAGGUGGAAGGAAUCAAAAAGACAUACAUGGACACAAUGGAGGAAAAAGUGCUGGACUUGUUGAAAGACUGUCGGGAGAAAAAGUCAGACAUGUCAGACUCCAUGCUGGAUGAAGCAUUUGAAAGGAUGUGGCAGGAGACUGUCAGGACAUUAUCAUACACAGGGCUCCAGAAACAAGAUAUCAUGACAAGAGUCUUUCAUCAUUUGAGGAACAAUCUUCAACCUAGAGGAAGUUCAAUGGCUCAAAGCUUAGAUGAAGUGAAGAAUCUGCACAAUCAUGGCCAUGGAAAUUUUGAUGUCCACAAGGACAAUUCUAUUAAAGACUUUAUAUCCAAAAUCUGGAAUCAUCAGAAGAUCAAGAGGACUGAAGAAAUGUCAAAUAACCUUAUCAAGAGUUGUCAGGAAUUUGUUAAAACAAAGUCGAACUGUAAGGAUGAUUAUGAUGACACAUAUAUCAGGGAAAUUCUCAAUAUGAUUGAUGAGAAACUUAAAGCUCAUGAAGAUCUUAAGUUAGAGGAAGAAUUUAAAUUGUCCCUGAAAUUACAUAUAUGUGGCUUUGCAAGCAGAGAAUUUCAAAACAUUCACAAUCAAUUCAUCGAGGAAAACAACCCGCUAACAGCCUUGGAAAACUCCAAACAAACAUACCACUCUAACUUCAUUGACCUUUACCAUGAACGGGACCAGUGUCAGAAGAAAGCUGAUGAAUUCACGAAUAACUGUCUAAAACCUGCACUGGAAAGAUACAUGACUGAGAAGUUGGGCAUGGAAAUGGCACACAAGAUGGUGAUUGGUGAAAACUCAGCAAUUUUCGGAUCGAGGACAACAUUUCAGAUUUCAGUCUUAAAAAAACUUCUUGCUGAAUUUAAAUUUGAAACAUAUUUGGAUUUCAUUGCAUCAUAUGAAUACUUUGUUAAAAAGUUCAUUUUUGGUAAAGUUGAAGAGCACUUUACAGCAGAGAACAGAAUGAUCAAAUUAGAGGAAGAGCUUCUCAAUGUUGUCAUCAGUGAAAUUACUCAGGCAAUCAAAGACUCAGAACAAGACUCAGAGAAAAAUGACAUCAAGGGAUUCAUUGAAAACAUCUGCAAGAAACUUGAAAGUAGACUUGUUUUUCCCAAGGACGCAGUGGAUAAAAUCAGCACUCUCAACAAGGCAAAUGAGAAAAAAUUCACUGAAUUCCUUUUUUGUUCUUUGAAGGACAUGGAUAAAUCACUGAAAGAUGGUUUUCAAGCAAGCGAUUUAAAAAAAAAAAUAGAUAGUCUUCAAACCAAACCAGAGGAUGUGCUGUUCAAUCGAGUGCAUGGCUGUGGGAAACAGUGUCCAUUCUGUAAAGCACCAUGUGAAGCUGGAGGAGAAGCCCACACUAAACACUUUGUCUCAAUCCACAGACCACAAGGUCUCGGCCGCUGUAGAUUGAAUGUUUCUAAAAAACUAAUGACAGACAUCUGUACAUCAUUGGUGUGCAGUGGGAAAAGCUUCAAGUGCAGUGCCACCAAAUAUCAGUGGUGUAAACAUAAGGAAUACAGCAAAAUCUAUACACACUGGCAAAUCGAUUCAGACCCCAGCAGAGAGGCCUCAUCAUACUGGAAAUAUGUGAUGGCAAAAUUCAAUGAGGAGUUUGCUAAGGAGUAUGAUUCAAAGCCUGCAGAUAUACCCUCAUACUGGAAAGAAAUAACAAAGACCCAAGCAGAGGAAAGCCUAAAGUAAGCAUCAACUAACUACUGUCUGUCUGGCCUCUGUUUAAAUUAGUUUGGUACAUAACGUUAAGAGAAAUUUUAAAUAUCAUGGUAUCCUUGAAAUAUGUUUCAACUGUAACAUUAGUAGAGCAAAACCUAGUUUGGUUCAAUACGAUCACAUAUC